AAGCUGGCGCGUCCCGUUAGCACCUGAACGCAGCGCGGGAGCAUCCGGCGGUGUAGUGAGGAGGAGGAGGAGCAGGAUGAGAGGAAGGAGAGAGACAGAAAGAAGAGGAAGCAUAUGAACGAGGUCGACAGGAAGCGGAGGGAGGCAGCGAUGGAGGAGAAGAAACAGUUCCUUUGUGGGGUGGUGGAAGGUUUCUAUGGUCGUCCUUGGUCUAUGGAUCAGAGAAAAGUUCUCUUUCAAUGGAUGCAGCUGUGGGGAUUGAACACCUACCUGUAUGGUCCCAAAGAUGACCUGAAACACAGACUGCUGUGGAGGGAAGUCUAUUCUCCCGAAGAGGAAGCUCAGUUGCGCACUCUUAUAGUGGAAGCCCAGUCCAGAGGUCUAAGAUUUGUUUAUGCAGUCUCCCCUGGUCAGGACAUUGUCUUUUCUUCUUCCUGUGACUUGACGCUGCUCAAACGCAAACUGAAACAGGUAUCAGACCUGGGGUGCCAGGCGUUUGCCAUUCUCUUUGACGACAUCGAUCACUCCAUGUGCCAGGCCGACACUGAGGCCUUCACUUCAUUUGCCCGUGCUCAGGUCACAGUAACUAAUGAGAUUUAUUGCUUCUUGGGGGAGCCACCUGUCUUCCUUUUUUGCCCUACAGAGUACUGCGGUUCUCUGUGCUCCCCAAGUGUGUCUAAAUCUCCCUACCUGCAAACAGUUGGAGAGGACCUAUUGCCUAACAUAACAGUGAUAUGGACAGGUAGCAAAGUCAUCUCCAGGCAACUGUCGUUAGACUGCCUUGCUGAGUUGGAGUCUGUCCUCCAGCGGCCCCCGCUGAUAUGGGACAACCUGCACGCUAACGACUACGAUACCCGACGUCUCUUCCUGGGGCCUUUCAAGGGCCGUGACCCUCAGCUAAGAAGCCACUUGAGGGGUCUGCUGCUCAAUCCCAACUGCGAAUUCGAAGCCAAUUACAUCCCACUGCAUACUCUGGCAAGCUGGUACAGAGCUGAAAAAGAUGACAUAAAAGACGAGGAGCACGAGUACUGUCCUGAGAGAGCUUUAACUGCUGCACUCCAUGACUGGAUGGAAGAACUUAACCAACCUCUGCAAGCAGGUCGGCAGAGCACAAGAGCAGACCAUCGUGCCUCUGUCUCAUCUUCGCGUUCCAAAACUCCUGACAGGUCCGACUGUCCUUCCACCUUCAGAGCCACCCAUGCUGUGGCCAAACUCCCAGUCUUCCCUCUGAAUUCCAGCUCUCCACCCUCAUCCCCACCUAUGGGCAAAGCAGAGAGGGAGGGACAAGAAGCGGAAAAAAAGAGGUCACACCAACCAAGUCAGCAAGUUUCAGGAUCGAGGUCAGGAGCACCUGUAGGUGGGGGCCGGGUACAGCGGGCACAGGGUCGUGGGCUCUGUGGUGGGAAGGGCUUACUAAGUGAGGCCCAGGUGCGGCUGCUCGUUGGUCUUCAUUACCUCCCCCAUGAGCAUGGUCCUUCGGCCCAGAAACUGCUGCAAGAUCUAACUUGGCUAAAAUCAAACUGCCACCUGGUUGGGGCAAACAGCAAGAAGGCACAGCUUCAGAAGGUUGACGAGUGGCGUGGGCGGGCAUCCAGUUUCCUAUCUUUGUGCGAAGACAUAGCUCAGCUCCACUGCAGCGUAGUGGGAGGAGCUAACAGGGCUGUGCUCUAUGACCUUUACCCUUAUGUGUGGGACCUGAGGAACACAGCUCUGGUGGCAAAAGCCUUCAUAUGCUGGCUGGAUGGGCGAGUGCUGAGUGAAAGCUCAAGUCUCGCCACCUGGAGGAACUGCUUUCACUGGUGUGGGAAGACCACAGGAGCAGACCUGCUGGGAGUGGACCCAGAGCCAUGGGUCUUCAAAGGGGGAGUGUCUGGGGAGGUGCAGAUGCUCCUCCCAAUAGGCAGCAGCAAUGAACUUUUCACUCAUCCCCCUCCUCUCUUUCCUACCUCUCGUCUCUACAACAUUAGGCCCUACCACAGUAAAGACAAGGUGGAGCUGUAUCGGAUGGUCCGCCAGCUUCACCUGAGAACUCAGGGCGGCCAGGAGUCCACUAUGGCUCAUCCAGAUGUCAUUGGAGACAGAUGUCUUGGCCCAUGUCUGGCACUGAGCCCUGAGUACUGUUUCAUCCUGGAAGAUGAGCUAGGCAUUUGCGGCUGUGUGCUGGGCAUCGUAGAUGUCCGCUCCUUUGCCAAGCGAUGCCAGGCCAGCUGGAUUCCUGCCAUGAGAGAUAAAUACCCACCCAAAGGGAACAGCUCACACUUAAACACACAGAACUUGGUCCAAUUGAUGGAGGAAGACCAGGGUGAGUACCCAGAUUCGCUCCUCUAUCACUUCCCCUCUCAGCUGCGACUGGAUGCCCUUCCUGAGCUGGUGGACGUCAGCGUCAGCCGAACCCUGCUCACCGCCCUACUCACUGCGCUCAAGGCCAACGGUUCUCAGGGUGUCUUCUGUGAGGUGCAGCCCACGGACCAUCAGAGGCUGGAGUUCUUAACCAAACUGGGCUUCCUGGAGAUCCUCAGAGGAGAAGCCAGGAGCAGAGAGGGGGUAGUGCUCGGAAGGCUGCUCUGAAAACAACCGCAUACAAACACUCGCACAAGCCAUCACCUGAUCACAAUUUAAAAUUCCACUUAAAGUGCAUGGUUAGGUAUAAUGCUUCAGUUAUUUUCCUUAGUGAGUCAAAAUGCUUGUUUUUAACAAAAUGUGCCAUAAAUGCCACCUUGUUCAAUCGGCUUAAAGUGUCACUUCUCUAAAUGUAUCAGCAUUUUGAAUGUACUAUCGUUUUUUUACAAAGCUUUUGUUGUAUUUGUUCUCUUACUUUGACUAGGAAUUGUUUCAUGUCUGCAGCCCCAUUCAGAAGUAUUUAGUAAAUUGUCAACAUUUUAUUUUAAGUCGUGUGGCCUAAGAUCUUCCAACACAGUUAAGAUGUUCCAUAAAAAACACACCAAAGGAGGACAACAUUAUGGACUUUAUUUACCUUAAAAAGGGUUAUCAACUGUAAGAUUUUAUUGAAAAAAAAGGCUUAUUAAAAAGCCCUUCUUCAGCCUUAUCAGAUCUCUGGGUAACUGCAGAAAUUCUGACUUAUAGUAAACUAAGUGAUAGUAACUAGAGCCCGUCUAUCAACUAAUUGUAGUCUCAAAAUGUUAAACGUAAAGCAUGAAAGGGGGUAAUUUACAUGCCAUAUGGUUGCCCUCAUAUUAAUGUAAUGCACUGCAUGAUGAGAAGGGGCUACAGCAUUAUAUACAUUAUUAAAAACAACAGACAGACCCUCUUAGAGCUUAAACACUAACACAAAAGACUGUUUAAGACACGGUGUGAACACUAUUACAGAAAUCCCCAAAGCUUUGAUAAGAAACUUAAUAAAAUGGAUUAAACAUGUUCUGAUUCCUUUAAAUCAAUAACAGGCAUGAACCAUAAUACAUUUAUAAACUAUAAAAUUUAAAUUAGGUUUUAAAUCUAAAGCACUGCUGUGCUGAUACUUUUAAAACUCCUCAACUGGUUUAGCACAUCAAAGGUUUUUUCAAACUUAGCAACAAGUAUUUCAAAUGGGGCCACAACUCAACAUCUAAGGAAUUGUAUUAAAUGUACAUUUUAUGACAUGAAUACUAAAUGUAUUCUUUGCAUUGCAGGCCCAAACAAAUAUUUCAAAAGGGUCAGGUGUAUUUCUCAACUCUGUGGAGAUUUAGCAACCUUUCUGGUCUGAUUGUUCAUGACUGCUUUCCUUGCUUUUAUUUGAAAAGAAAGUAAGCACAGCAUUUUAGAAAACAAAAUGAGAAAACUGUUUGUGGAAAACAUUCUUAGCAACAAACUGCAGAAACACAAUGUUAGUAACCAGUUGACUUCACAGAGCAAAAUUGUGGAAAAUCAGGAAGUAAGCAACUCUUACUUUUGAAGUGAUGUCUUUGGAUUAGCAUAUUUCUCAUGUGUUUUUGAAGGGUUAGUUUAGGACAUUUGAAGCAAGCAAACAACCUCUUGGCAUCUUCAUUUAGCUAAAAUCCAGAUUAGUUGACGCCAGAGGCUGAAAAGUUAAUAAGUUAGUCUAGGACGGCCCAAGACUAAAGCCAAGUUCCACCAUCUAAAAACAAGUCAAACAAUCAAAAACUGCCAUUGUGCUUUAUGAAAAGUCAAUUGCAUGAACUUUUAAACAGUUUUCACAUUUGCAUUGGGCAAUUAUUUACACAGAACCCAAUAAUUAUUCACACAGGCAAUAGAGGUCUGAGGAGAUGUGCCACCGAUGAUCUUUCAUCUGCUUAAAUGCAAACAUGAAUCCUGUUUAAAGGUUUAUAAAAAUGGCCUUUUGCAUUGACCACUCUGACAAUUUUGAGAUCGAGUUACUUUAGGACACUAGAAGUCUGUUUUUUUUCCUGACCCCUUAUUUGUAAAUAAAUGAUGGUUAUAGGCACAUAUAAGUUUCCCUCCAUUAUGGAUACAUAUAGUUAAAGUUACAAUUUCUAACCCUAACCGCUUCAGUCUUGACCUUGGUCUGGAUCUCCUGAAAGCAAGAUAUUAACCUUUGGAUAUCCUUUUAACAAAAACUCACUUCAAAAUGCUCAAAAUAUCCCUUAGGUAAAACAUUGCAAAUGUAUAUUAAGCUAUUUUCUACUAUCUCUAAAGCUAGCACGACCUGUUUACUGGUGUGAUAAGUGACCUGACUAUCAUUAGCAUUUGAAGCUAUUAACAAAAUGCAUAUAAUUUCAAACAAUGCAGGAACAUGUUCACGUAUAGAUGUGUGUAUACAUCUGAGUUUAGAACUUGUAAAUUGAGAGAACUGCAAAUACAGAAAUAUUUUAUUAGUGCAGCUAAUGCUGGAGAAGCAGCCAUGUCACAUUUUCAUGUCUAUUCUGGUAAUAACUACUUUGACCAGGCUUUUCAGCUGCUAUUACUGAGAACUUGAAAAUUUCAACUUUCAAGUUCAAAUGGAACAUACUGUUCAGGCUCCUGUUUACAGUUGAUAUUACUUUCUGCAAAUGGUAACUAGAUAAAAACCCUUGGGGUUUUAUUAAGACUGUUAACCAGGUAGUUCAGUGGAGCUUUUUGUACCAGCGCAUCUAGUAAAUUACAUUUAAGCUGUAAAUUCAUAAACAUGGCAUGGUAGGCAAGUUUUAAAACAGUUGUACAGGAAUAAAUUAUGUGCUUUCCUGGUUUAUGGCCAUGCUCAGAUAGUUGUAGCAGCAUCCACUCGGAUCAUGUCAAACAAUCCCUAAAGGCUGGAUAAAAAAAUUAUCUGGUUCAUUUUUUUUGCUUUGUAAAUGAAGGAUAAUUUCCUUAAUUUGUUCCACAUUUUUGUUAGAUUGGUAGCUGUUUUUUUUAUUUUUUAUUACUGUUCCUGUUGGUUAAAUCAUCUGACAACCUCAAACGCCAGGGGCGUCACUGUUUACUAUUUUUCUAGAUCAGAUUAAUGUUUACAUGCAUGAGAAACAUUGUGUUGCUUUUACCAAUUACGAUUACAUGCAUACUAACACAAAGACAUGCAAGGAGAAUUGCAAUGGCCGGCGCUUACCUGCAUUAACAUACAUGAAGAUUUUCUACUGGACAUUAAUCCCCAUACAGUUGUAAAAACAUAAGGAGAUAGGAGGAACAAUUUAAAUGUGUGCAUGCUAGAAGUCAUUAGAAAAACAGAAAAUAAAAAAAGAUAGAAACAUAUGUAUAAAUGCACUCAAUGUAACAAAGUUUACACUUAGUUCGUUUUUUUUUUUUGCAGAUACCUCUCCCUAAAUAUACAUCACUUACAGAGCUGCCUCAUACUUAAAGCAUUGCUACUGAGUGAUAGGUGUGACAUUCAUUUGAGGCGGAUGCAUGAGUGGGCAUGCGAUAAAUGAACAAAUUGCUACAGCAGUGUCACCCUGCCUUCAUUCCAGGCAUAAACUCACCGUUCACACUCUGACACACACAGACACUAACUCAACCAUGCAAAAAGAAGCACAAAAGCACCCACAGUCAAACCUUCAACUGAUAGUUUAUAGAACAAUGAAUGUUCUUUUUUUAUUUAGAUGUGAACAUACACAACAAUUUGUGCAAGGAUUUAUAUUUAAAUGUUUUAUUUACAAUUAUGUUCAAUCAGUAGACAGGCACUUUUGUACAAUUCUUGUUAAAAGUCUCUUGUGAGGUGCUUUCUAAUAAUAAAUAAAAAACAAGGUGGUAAUUGCAUAGACUGAGAGAAAAAAGCACCAAAAUCGAAAUGCAUGUUGUAAAGCAAAAAUAAAAGAUGGAUGUGUCUGUUGCAAGGUUUUUACGGCACCUGUAAGGGGGUUGGGGUUAUUUGUUUCCUUUACUGUGAUAAUUAUUUAAAUAUGUGUGUGUGUAAAGUUAGGAAAGUGUGUUUUAAAAAACACAAAAGUCAACAGAUAUGAAACAUUUUUACAGUCAACAUAAAGCACUGUGAAAAGAAGCCAGAAUUAACCACAAGUUGUUGAUUUCAGACAAUUGUAACAACCAUGUCUGUAUGAGCAUUUAAAAUGAUUGCCUUUGAACACCAGAAGCAUUGUCCGUUUCAUGAAAUCAUUACAAGUUUCAAGCUGGUAUAAACUGCCUGCAUAGAGUUACAUUGAAUGUGAGAUUUUUGUUUGCAAUAAUUUUCAGUGGAGUGCAUUGUAGCACAUCUAUGCAGGGUAAAAAACUAAAAAGUUGCAAGAAUAAUACUGCUCUUUAAAUCUUUUAUUUUAAAACAAUGAUUAUGAGCAAACGUGUUUUCAUGUUUAUUAAAUGAAAUUUUCUUUCUGAUUGGAAAUGCCUCUUCUUUAGUUGAAGACGAGAGACUGGGAGUGAAAAUGUUACACAAACAAAUUCUACAAAGGAUUGCAUUUGAAUACCUGGGCUUUGGGUUUUCUUCUACACAUUACCAUUGACUGCUGAAAAUACACUGUACUGUUCAAUUAAAUUGUAUUAAUUAUUUUUAGUUCAAUUGUUCUUCAUCCAUUUUGAAUUUCUUUUGGACUUUUGAAAUUUUCCAUCCGUGUUCACGCCGUUACCUGACAGUUUUUAUAGAAAUAUUUUUAUUUUGGUUUUGAAGCAAUGCUAGUCUAAUCUGACUCAAUAAGCAACAUAAAGACUAAAAAGAGAUAGACCUGUGUUGUGUCUAAUCAAACUAAUCUUAAAUUGUAUCCUAAGGUCCCUGUCCUAGCAUUUCCUGUUUCAUGUAAAUGGUAAGUAAAGACAUGCUUCUUUAAAUAAAUAACACCCAGGCAA